AUCGGUUUGAAUUGAAGCGGCAAGAUGGCGGCGUAGGCAAGAGAAACUUCAAACGUAUCAAAACAAGGUUUAAAAAGUGGAGAAGACAAUGGAGGACAAGGAAGUGAGAUCUUUGAGCAGCUCUCAAGAGAUCAACAAGACCUAUAUAAUCUCCAGCUUGACAAGCAGAUCUGAUGAGGCGUCCAGUGCUGGUCGUCUGACCCUUCAGAGAAGAAACACAAACAGCAAACCCACACCGACUGGUGAUCAGGAGGCUUCAGAAAACGCUGAGAACCAAAAUCUGGAGAAACGGUUAACUUUGCAAAGGAGAACAAGACCAGGAGGAGGCCCCGAGAAAAGCUCUCAUCCUCUGACGUCUAGUGUGCCCGAGAAACGAGCAUGGACGUCUUCGAAGGUCCUGUCCGAGCCGAACAACCGAACAGGAUCUGCAUCUCCUGUGAGGUCUGCCAGCCUAAAAGAAAGAGGAGUGAAAUCCAGCAUGAAAGAUCUCACCAAGCCAACAGUAGGCACACCCGGGAAGAUUACAGAGAAAGCCCAGAGCAUUGGCAGACAGCAGAACGCAUCAUCAACCCCGACCGGGAAGACCCAGUUCCAGAGAAUAACUCUGAAGAAAGACGUUUUCGAGAAGCUCUCAGCAAAAGAACCUGCAAGAGCAUUAACCUCGAAGCAAGCAGCUUCUGAAAAGCAGAAGCAGUCAUGCUCGGAAUCCAGCGGCGCCCCGAUUCAAGGUGCGGGCGAUAAAAAAGUUGCGGUUAUCGCUCAAAACAGGAGCACGAUAUCUGUUGCAAUGAAAAAGACUGCGAAUCAGCUUCCAGCAGCAUCGAAGCCUCCUGUGUUUGAGACCCGGGUUUCAGGGAGUCAGGCUGCACCUUUAUCGUCUAAAGAGCUGAAAACGGAGAACAGCGCGGUGACUGUUGCCGUCCGAGUACGACCACUGAGUCACAGGGAAAAGAAUGAAAACGGACGGCAGAUGAUUUUCAUGGAGAAGCACGAGACCGUAGUGCAGCAUCCGGACACGAAACAGACGUACACGUUCUCGUUCGACUUCUGCUUCUACUCGGCCGACGAAAACGACCCGACUUUCGCCGGCCAGCAGACGAUUUAUGAAAAACUUGCCAGACCGUUACUAGAAAGGGCGUUCGAAGGAUUUAACACCUGCCUCUUUGCAUACGGGCAAACAGGCUCAGGGAAAUCCUACACCAUGAUGGGUUUUGGCGAGGAGGUCGGAGUCAUACCCCGAUUCUGCGAGGAGCUUUUUGUAAAAGUGUCCAGUGCCAUCAAAAACGAUCUGACAUGUCAUCUGGAGAUGAGCUACUUCGAGGUGUAUAAUGAGAAGAUCCACGAUUUGCUCGUAGUGAAGGACGAACAAAACCAGAAGAAGAUGCCCUUGCGGGUGAGAGAACAUCCAACUGACGGGCCGUACGUGGCGGAUCUUUCUACGAAUGUGGUCACUUCAUAUACUGAUGUGCAGACUUGGCUUGAGCUCGGAAACAAACAGCGCGCUACUGCAGCCACGGGCAUGAAUGACAAAAGCUCCCGGUCUCACUCUGUCUUCACUCUGGUCAUGACUCAGACUAAGACAGAAUUAGUGGAAGGCGAAGAACACGAUCACAGAAUAAUCAGCCGAAUCAACCUGGUGGAUUUGGCUGGCAGCGAGCGAUGCACCACUGCUCAGACCAGCGGGGACCGGCUGAGGGAGGGAGCAAGUAUCAACAAGUCUUUGCUCACUCUGGGGAAGGUGAUUUGUUCGCUCUCUGAGCAAGCUCAGGCCAGAAAGAAAAUCUUCAUCCCAUACAGAGAGUCGGUCCUGACGUGGUUAUUGAAGGAAAGCUUGGGCGGAAACUCGAAGACGGCCAUGAUCGCAACACUGAGUCCAGCCACGAGUAACAUCGACGAGAGCCUGAGCACUCUGCGCUAUGCCCAGCAGGCUCGCCUGAUCAUCAAUGUCGCCAAGGUCAAUGAGGAUAACAACGCCAAGCUGAUCCGAGAGCUGAAAUCAGAGGUGGAGAAGCUCCGGGCGGCCCAGAUGAGCUCACAGGGCAUCGAACCUGAGAAGAUGAGACAAUUCCAGCAGGAAAUCUUCACCCUGAAGUCUCAACUCUCUCAGCAGGAACGCGAAAUGGCCGAAGUGCACAGAAAGUGGAAGGAAAAGCUGGAACACGCCGAGAGAAGAAAGCACGAAGAGACGAAAGAGCUCCAGCGUGUAGGCAUCACAUUUAAAGUGGAUAACCGGCUUCCUAACCUUGUGAACCUGAAUGAGGAUCCUCAGCUGUCAGAGAUGCUCUUAUACAUGAUUAAGGAGGGGCAGACCAAGGUCGGAAAGCUAAAGUCUGAGUCGGCCCACGACAUCCAGCUCACCGGGGCUCUUAUUGCUGAUGAACAUUGUGUUAUCUCCAACUUUAAGGGCACAGUCAGCAUCACCCCCAUGGAAAGCGCCAAGACCUUUGUGAACGGAAACCUUGUACUCGAAACCACCAUUCUCCACCACGGCGAUCGAGUGAUUCUGGGAGGAGAUCACUAUUUCCGCUUCAACCACCCGGCCGAGGUGCAGUGUGGAAAGCGAGCGUCCUGUUGGAGCAAUGGAGAUGGCCAGAAGGAUUUUGAGUUUGCCAAGAAUGAGCUACUUUCAGCUCAAAGAGCACAACUAGAGGCAGAGAUCGAAGAUGCCCGACUGAAAGCCAAAGAGGAAAUGAUGCAGGGGAUCCAAGUGGCUCGAGAAAUGGCACAGAAAGAGUUGUCUGACCAGAAGCUUCACUAUGAGAACCAGAUCAGAAACCUAGAGAAAGAACUUGAGGAGGAGAAUGAAAGAAAAAGAGCCGAGGAGCUUGAGAGGCAGAAGGUCGCCAGCAAGAUGGAGGAACUGCAGAGCGCAAAGUCUUUCCUAGAACAAGAAAUGAGCAUGCACAAGAAACGGUUACAAAUGGAGGCACAGGCUGCCAGACAGGCUAUGUUUGAUAACGAUAUCCGUCAUGCUAAAAUCCUCGAAGCGCUGGAAGCAGAGAAGAGGAAAAUUGCAGAGGAUCUCACCAAUAUUCAGAAGAAACGUGCCCUGAAAGUGAACCAGACUCCAAAGUCUGCUCCUCCACAGUGGGACGCCAUGAAAUUGUCUCUCAUGAUCGAAGAAGCGAACAAAAUCAGCACCAAAUUCCGGAAACACACAGUGUUUGGCAGGCAUGAAGUAUCUGAGGCCGGGAACGUCAGAGGAAACCCCGAAAUGCAGAUCCAAGUGCAGAACACGAAAUUGGGCAUCUCUACCUUUUGGAGUAUGGAGAAGUUCCAAAGUAACUUGGCUGUCAUGAGGGAGCUCGAACGGGGAGUUUGCGCCUCUAAAGAUGACGACGAUGUGUUUUACGACCCCAACGACCACUGGGAGCCUGAUAUCUCUUCAGCGUCCACAGAGUCGUCUUUUUCUCGCAGAAGGAGCCGGAGUUUGCUGAAGAGCAGGCGCAUCUCUGGGAGACUCUAUGAGAUCCGAGUUCACCCCAUUCAGAGUUUAAACUGCACUUCCUCAGAGCCCACAGGCCUGAUUAGCAUGAGCAAAUCCCCUGCUUAUAACUCCAGCAGCUCGCACUCUACGUUGCCCAGCGUCUGCAAAGAUCUCAUAGCUGCCACGGUUUCUUGUUUGCGCACAAGGUCGUCGGCAGAAGAGAGCGAGAGCCUGGCGGACAAACUUGCGCUGGACCUAUUGUCCGUUUUUAACGCCGCAAAUUCCAUCACAGGCUUGUACGAGCAGCUGGAUGACAACAGCCAGGAGAACUUGUUUGCUUGCAACACCGAAGCACUGAGUCAUCUUGUGAGAGCUACAUCAGCUAUCGAAAGAGCCGUGUUCAUUACCAGGCACUGGAUCUCCAGUGUCACCUGCAGCACUCAGUCAGUCUCCCAAACCAUGGAGGAGCUCAAGAGUGAAGUAAAGAACACAGGAGGAUAUUUUCAGCUCCUAAUUCAGGGCUGUGAAUCCGAAAUCUCCUCUAUGGUAACCGAGGCCCAGAGGAAGAUCAUUAAGAGUACGGGCGCAGCUCUGAGCGCCACUGCUCACCUGGCAGCAGUAACCGGCAUGCAUCUUCUUCUGCCUCAACACGGAUCAGACACUAUCGGCAAAAGGACUGCCGGGACGUGCGUGCGAGAGGGAACGUGUCGAGGUGUGAGAGCUCUUCAGGACGAGGCUCUUUUUAUCAGCCGAGAGAUGCUCAGACAUGCUCAGUUAGCGCAACCUAGAGCUCAGAUUUUGCAAAGCCUUAAGGUGAAAAUGCAGGAGGUGGCAAAGAAAUUGCAAAGCUACAUCCACUGCACCACGCGGGAGAAGCCCGAACCUGCGGAGAACGAUCAAGAGGGAUCUGACACUGUCCAAAUGGGCCGUUUGAGAAACACAGCCUCCAAGCUCUUUCAGCUAAACCACGCACUCCAGCAGCUUCACUCCUCCUUGUCCCUCACUCUCAGAGGCAGAGGCAGCGACGUCACGCUCCGGUCAUUCAGAGACACAAUCCAGUCUCUGACCAAGACGGUCAGCGACCUCCUGCACGGACUGCCGAGACAGACGGACGUCCGCUCCGCCGACGCCCUUCAGCUGCCGUGUUUAAAGAGCGUCAUGGACGCACGAGAUGACCUCCAUUCUGCGUUGUGCUCUCUAGCAGAACUCUUUGACGAGAGCAUCGAAGAAAACUUGGAAUCCACCGAGAUCCAAGAAGCCCUGAGAAACCGAACCGUUCCGAAAAUAGUGUAUUCGCUCUCCUCGGGGGUCAGCUCGUGCUCCAGGGACGUUCGCUGGGUUUGAUGUCUCAAUCACGUAGUGUUCCUUAGAUCGGGCUAUGAACACUAAAGGCUUUUUUAAUGUGCUUAGUGGUACUGUAAUAAUAAAUGCACACAUAUGUCUAGCUUUUUAUUAUUAUUUUACACAUGAAUGUGCUUGUGUGGGGUUCAUAAUAUAUAGCCUUUAUUUUCCACUACGUACUUGUUCAAUAUAUAAUAUAGAGGAAAAGUUUUUUUUUUUUUAGCAAUAAGGUGCACUGGAUCAUCCCACAUAAUUUAUAUUUCCCGUUAAUACAACGUUCUUGCGGCUUUGCACAAGCGUUUUCCGACGCAUGGCGUUUCACUUUGACGUAAUAAUAAUCAUGUAAUAAUUCCUUUUUUUUUUUUUUUAUAAUAAAGACAUCUCUCUUCCAGAA